CACUUCCUGCACUGAGCAGCUAGGCUGGGAAUGCACACUUCUCUCCCGGGUUUACUACAGUAGGAGUCGCACUAGUCCACCAGUGCUCACUGUUCAGCAGGCUGAGGGAGGAACAGCCACCUUCUUCUUCUUCUCCCAGGCAGCCUGAAGGGGAAAGCAACACAGGCACAGCGGCGAGCACACGAGACGGGGGGACCCUUAUCGCCCGGUAUCAGUGCGAUAUCCAGCAAAGUUUUGUGCCGGGGGCUGCCCGGGGACGCGGCGGUGUGUGUGCACGUCUGGGGAUUCCUAUAGCAACAAGUGAGAGAGAGAGCUGGGAGCCGGCUGAACAAGUUUGCAGCGUGCCGCCUCACUGACUUGGGGCUCAUAAUGAGGAAUAUAUGGAUCCUGGUGUCCUUUGGCUGGCUGGCCCUUGUGUCCGGGGAAACGCGGGUGGCUACUACAUCAGACAAAGACUUAUAUAUUGAUAACACUUCGAUCGAAGAUUCUUCAGGAGUAUACCCAAUCGAUGAUGAUGACUACUCCUCUGGGUCUGGUUCAGGAGUGGCAGAAGUUGAUGCUGAAGAAGUCCCAGUACAGCUGUCAACCCUCCAAUCACUUCCAGAGAGUCCACCCACUAGUGAUGCUCCAGUUAUAGAGACGACUACGCUGAAGAUGCUGACAAAACUUGUAGUGGCAGCAGAGGGGCCUCAGAUCAACAAGAAUAAGGAGUCCGCAGGAAGCAACGCCAAUGGUGAUACAGACGUAUACACAGAGAAGCAGUCAGAGAACCUCUUUCACAGAACAGAAGUACUUGCAGCGGUUAUUGCUGGUGGAGGCAUCGGCUUCCUUUUUGCUGUUUUCCUAAUCCUGCUGCUUGUUUAUCGCAUGAGGAAGAAGGAUGAAGGCAGCUACGACCUGGGAGAGAGAAAACCAUCCAGCGCAGUCUACCAAAAGGCACCUACUAAAGAGUUUUACGCGUAAAACUCCCACGUAGUGUCUCUCUUUUUGAGAUCACUGAACUUUUUUCUUUUUUCUUUUAAAUAAAGCUUUUGCAUAGAAUUAAGAAGAUUUUUUUUUUCCUUGUUCUCUAAAGAGCCUCGGAGGCAAAUUUAUGAUAUGGAAAAAAAAAUCCCAUUGUAUUUAAGAGAAUAAAAACUUUUCAUGUAUUCCUUAAAAACAAAAAAAAAGUUAAAAAAAAAUAAAAAAAAUCUUGGCAUUGUUGAGUGGGUAACAGUGGCAAAGUAUUAUUUUAUAUGACCAUUGGUAUUCACCAAGAUGUUUCAUAUCUUUAUGCAUAAACAUACAAGAUGGAAAAAAUUACAAACGGUAGCUUUCAAACUUCGGGUCUAUAAAAGGUUGUUUAAUAUUUUUAGCAUGUCUCAGAUCGCUCAAAGUUUUAGUUUUUGUUUUCAAUAAUUUAUCUGUUUCCAAACAAAUGCCUUUAGUAGUUGUCAUGGUGCAAUUGUCCUAGGGUAAUUCAGAUAUACAGUAUAUUAGUGUAAAUGUACUUUUUUCUUUUCUUUUUUUUUUCUAUGUAAACUUAAAAAAAAUGUAUAAAUCUGUUUUUUUUUCUUCCUUCUCCUUUUUUUUUUUUUUACAAAACCGCUCUGAUUCUCAGUGUACUUUCUAGCGAAUUUAGUCUGACGUGCAAAAUGAAAAAAGAAAAUGUCUAUUUACCAGCUGUUCGUAAGCUACUCUUAUUUGUAAAGGUGCAUUCACUCUUA